UCGCGUUGUACGUUGGACAGACACGUUGAUGAACCAAUCACAGAGCAGGAUUAGAGCUCUCGACCAAUGAAAUAUCAGCGUUUUGUGACGCGUCUCGGUAGGACGUUGUAAGUGUAAGGCGUUUGAUGCAGCGGGAGUUUGUCCAGGCUAAAGGAGCAUGACGGAUCGAGCCAGACAUGGAUAAAUAUGAGAAGGUGAAGAAGAUCGGGGAGGGCUCUUUCGGGAAAGCCAUUCUGGUAAAGUCCAAGGAGGAUGGUCACCAGUACGUCAUCAAGGAGAUCGGCAUCUCCAGGAUGUCUAAUAAAGAGAGACAAGAGUCGCGGAAAGAAGUGGCCGUGUUGGCGAACAUGAGUCACCCCAAUAUUGUGCAGUACAAGGAGUCAUUUGAAGAGAAAGGUUGCUUGUAUAUCGUGAUGGACUACUGCGAGGGAGGCGACCUGUUUAAGAAGAUCAACAACCAGAAAGGACUUCUUUUCCCUGAAGAACAGAUACUUGACUGGUUUGUGCAGAUAUGCCUGGCUCUCAAACACGUACACGAUCGUAAGAUCCUUCACAGGGAUAUCAAGUCACAGAAUAUUUUCCUUACUAAGGAUGGUACAGUACAGCUAGGGGACUUUGGGAUCGCCAGAGUUUUAAGCAGUACCGUGGAGUUGGCCAGGACCUGCAUCGGCACACCUUACUAUCUUUCCCCUGAGAUUUGUGAAAAUAAACCAUACAACAAUAAAAGUGAUAUUUGGGCCUUGGGAUGUGUUCUGUAUGAAAUGUGCACACUUAAGCAUGCUUUCGAGGCCGGGAACAUGAAGAAUUUGGUGCUGAACAUCAUCCGAGGUUCAUACCCCCCAGUGUCGGUGCAUUACUCUCAGGAUCUGCGUGCUCUCUUGGGCCUGCUUUUCAAACGCAACCCGCGGGAGAGACCCUCAGUCGGUGCCAUACUGAACAAGCCGUUUCUCGCCCGCAGAAUCCAGAAGUUUCUCUCUCCGCAGCUCAUCGCUCAGGAAUUCAGCAAACAAUCCAAAAUAAAUGUGGCCCAGGGAGUACCAGCCAAGCACCCAAUCCCUGGUCCAGCAUCCAUUACCCCUGCUCAGAAAAUCACUAAACCAGCCGCCAAAUACGGAGUGCCUUUAAUAGCGAAGAGACCUGCCGACACCGUCCGGAAACCAGCUGAUGCAGCCAGGAAACCGGCAGAGAGGAAGCUCGGGGUCAAAUUCAGACAGGCUCUUCCUCCAGAAGCAGUUCAGAGGAGAAUGAGUCGACUGGAGGAGGAGAGGAGGAGGCAUGAGGAUGGAGCGAAGAAAAAACGAGUGGAGCUGAUGGAGAGAGAGAGGAAACAGCGAGAGCAGAUGUUUAUCCUGAAGGCUGCUCAGAUGAAAAGAUUUGAGAGGGAGAAGCUUAAUAGGAUCAACCGUGCACGAGAGCAAGGCUGGAAGAACGUUUUAAGCUCCAGUGGAGGAAGUAGCCCGGAGAGGAAGUUUUUUGGGGGUGGAGGUAUGGGAGUCUCUCCUACUCCAGUACCAAUCCCCUCUCUUCCUGGACCUGCCCAUGUCCCACCUUCACUUCCGGGCUCCAAAGCUUCAGGGGACUGCAUCCCAGCAAAGCCUGCCCUAGACCCUGGAAUGCCUAAUGGGCAUGCCUGCAUCUCAGAUCAUUACUCUGUCAAGAGCCAGGCACGGAGGACAAGUCUCCAAAACGAGACCGUAACUAAAAAUGACUAUGCUAACAGGCUGCGAGCUCAGGUUGCGGCAGAGAGGGCCAAUCAGGUGAAGGAGUUCCUGCAGCGCAAACAAGAAGCCCUGCACAAUAAAGUCCGUGCCGAAGGCCAGUUGGGGGCCCGGCAAAACCUGGCCACCAUCUUUGCGAGUCGGACAAACUCUUCCCGAGGCAGGAGACCCAGGGUCAACAAAGAGGAGGAGGAGUACUUGGCACGGUUGAGGCAGAUCAGACUGCAGAACUUUAACGAGCGCCUGCAGAUUAAAGCUCGCCUCAGAGGAGAGAAGCAUGACAGUGAGUGUUCAGACAGUCAGGAGUCUUGCGAGGAGUUGGAGCUCAGGAGGAAAAAGAUUGAAGCUCUGAAGGUGCAGUCGAAGGCCCGUGCAGCUGUCCUGAAAGAGCAGCUAGAGAAGAAACGGAGAGAGGCUUACGAGAAAGAAAAGAAAGCAUGGAAAGAGCAUCUCGCCGCUCGAGGAGUAAAGGUUGACAUCGGACCCCCGAAAGGAGCUGCGCCACCUUGGCCUGACCACACCCCUCAGGAUGCCAUCACUAAAGCCACACCCUCUUCUAGACCCAACACUCCAGCCAUCUCUAUGACUGCAGCGCUGAAGGAUGUGGGCGUGACUGCAUCUGGGCAGAGUUCCCCAAUGAAGGAAGAUCACUCAAAACCCGAGACAUCAGAUGUUCAGAGUGACAGGAAGGAGAUUCUGCGCAGACUGAAUCAUAAUUUAAGGGCUUACCCUUCUAAAGAAGAGGGCGAGCAAGAGAUGACACCUCUCAGUGAGCCAGGCCCCGCCCCUCAGCCCUGCCAGCCAGUCACAGAUGAGAGACCACAAUCUGGGGGUGACAGACGUAGAUGGGAGACUGGAGCUCCUCCUGUACUCUCAGUAGCACAGUGCACUCUGGAGGACACGUGUAGCACUAUGGCAGGCUCUCAGACAGCGUCUUCAGAGGCGAGUCCCGUCUCUGGUGGUGACAGGAAGAAGUGGCAGCCUGGUGAUGUUCCGCUUGCUGUGGCUCAUCAGACUCUGGAGGACACCAGUAUCACUACAGCAGAACAGACAACAGGUGAGGUCAUUCCUAUGGAGGCCUGGCAAGGGGAGGGGCUAAGGAAAGUAUGGGGGCAGACCCCAGUUUCAGAAGUUUUGAAAAUUCUCGAGCAGGCUGAACUUCAGCCACUCACCCAGUGCCUGGAUAACAGCAGCAUUUGUGACGAUACACACACCGAAAGCCUUAACCCUACAUUGGGGACUUCAGAUGAUCCUGAAGGAGUUACGUUGGGGCCUUACCUUCAGCCAAGCCAAGCCGUCAUUGACCAAGACCAGGAAGAGCAAGCCACGAUCAGCAAGGUCCAGGAUCAGCAACCUGCUAUUUGCCCAGAUCAGGAACAUCAAGCUGUCAUUGUGCAGGUCCAAGAUCAGCAAGUUGACAUUGCCCCAGAUCAGGAACAAGAAGUUACCAUUCCCCAGGACCAAGAUCAGCACACUCAGAAUGACCAGGACCAUGAGCAAGUAUCAGAGUGUCCAAAGGCUCUGUCAGGCGCAGUAGUGAUCAGCAGUCACAAACUAAAACCAGACUCACCAGAGAAGAGUCUCCCUGAUGAAAAAGGGACUGAGGAAACAGAUGAAGUAGAGAGUUUGGUUCUGGAGGACGACCUUCCGCAGAUAUCCAGACCUCCGGCUGAAGUGGUAAAAGCGUGGGGAGAGAAGGCUGUCCAACCCGGGCCACAAGAGGGCACUGCAACACCAGCAGAGAAGCAGAAUGACGAAAAGACUCUAGGUGUGGAGGAUGAAAAGCAAAUGGGGGAUGCAGUGCCUGGUGACGCUGCAUUUGUGAGGUUGAGCUGUAGUCCAGCACACAGGCGCGCAGUGGCGCUGUCCACCAUGUCCACCCAGUCCUCGGUGGAAGACAGGUCGUCCUCCGUCACUUCCCGCUCACGCUCCGUGUCACCACUACGCCGCCAUGACGACGCACUUUUGAUCGGCCUCUCCACCGGCCUUUUUGACGCCAACAACCCUAAGAUGCUGAGGACAUGCUCUCUACCAGAUCUCCGUAAAAUCUUCAGUGGCUCUACAGAACCUGAUGGUGCCUCUGCGCAGGAUAACAAUCUGGAGAUCGAGGACCUGGAGGACAAAGAGGAUGAGCAGUCUGAUACAGAUGCAUAUGAGGAUGAAGAUCUGCGAGAGCUCAGAGCCUCGAUGGAGAGGCUGCUUCAACAGCAACAAAGUGAUGAUGAUGAUGAUGAAGAGACUGGUAUGUCUGAUGGCAGUCCUCUUGAUGAAGACGAGCAUGCCGGAUUGAAUGGUCAGAGCAAGAGCAGUUCAGUGGAGGGUACCUUGAAGAGUGCAGCAGCUCUGGAGGAGGAUGAUGACGAUCCUGACAGCAGUCCUGAAGAAGAGGCCAGCAACGGGCAUGAUGCAGAGGAGGAUGAAGAACAGAACAGCGAGGGGAAGCUCAACGAGGAGUGGCAGUCAGAUGACGGUGAGGAAGAGGGGAUGAGUGAUUUGGAGCAGCAGGACAGUAUAUUCAGCCGUCUGGAAGUGCUGCGUUUUCAUUUGGAGCAGGCCAUGGGCUUUGAGCACUUCAUCCAAGCCUACAACAAGAUCAAGGAACAAAUUGAAGACGAAGACAAGAGCAUCGCUGUGGGUUCUGACAUGGUGCAAAGCAUUCUGGGACCUGAGCACCAGCACCUGUAUCCCAAAAUCCUCCACUUAGUAAUGGCAGAUGGAGCAUAUGAGGAAGAUAAUGACGAAUGAGAUGGUACUCAUAGUCACACUGCCGGCUGCUCAGGACAAUCUGCUGGCUCUGAAGUCUUCCCAUAAUGCUGUGCCUGAAGUGGACAGAGUGCGUGUGAAGGAAGGAAGGGACUCAGUCACUCACACAUGACUGGAGUUUUACUGCCAUAUCCAACAUCAAAAGCCCGAGUGUAAAUAAAAUCUGAAUGAAUACUGUUUAACCAAAGAGAGGGGGAGAGAGAGAGACGGGUCAUGUGAGAAUUUCUCACCACACAGUAUUUAUAAGCAGUCACAGGUCAUGGGACCAUGGUAUCCUUCUUGCAUCCAGGUACUCUCUUACAAUCCAGUCUCACAUUGUACAAACACACACAUGCACACUAAACAUCCUCUUUUUCUACUUUUUUUGGAGUAAGGAAAUCCUUUUACAGAACACCUGCAUAAACAGUUCUUUCCAUGUUUCUUGACGUUGCACAGUUACAGUUCAGCAAUCUGGUUACACUGUUCACGUUUCACACAACAAGCAGCCACGUGUAUUGACUAAUUGACGUUAAGUGUUCACAUGUGCAUGCAUUAUACACGCCUUAUGCUGUUGCACUUCUUCUGUGAUGUAAAAGACUGAUGUCAUUGUAGGAAAUUUCUGUGCAGAAGUGGUCCAGAAAGGUUGUACAGUAAAUUUAUGUGAAGUCUAAAGACUUCGAAGAGGUGAAAGAGAGAAAAUGCAUUGUAAGUCAUUUACAUUAAGUGUACAUUAAGUACAGUUGUCUGACACAAUGUUUGUCUUUGUAUUCAUAAAUAAAUGCUUAAUUUUUAAGCUUUG